UUCGUCACUCUCUCCUAUGUCUGGGGAGAGGCGGCCUCACGCACCUUUAAGGAAAAAGCGCUGGUAUCCGAGUCGUAUCAUGUGAGCGACAACGUAUGUCUAAUGGAUAGACAGCCAAUUGCUCUUCUCGAAGGAAACCUUCCUCAAACUUUUGAGGACGCUAUCGGUUUCACAAAGCGUCUAGGAGAGCGAUACAUCUGGAUUGACGCUUUGUGCAUUCCUCAAGAUGAACCUGGCAUUAAAGCACAGCAAAUCUCGCAGAUGGAUCAGAUUUACUCCAGCAGUAUCUGUACCAUAGUUUCGCUCGAGUCAGGCGUCGAGGGAGGAUUGCCAGGGUCCAGCUACAAAUCCCCAAGAAAUGUCGACCAAUAUCUCGAACAGUUACCUGGAGGCUUAAAAAUAGCUAGCCCAUUAAUGAGCCUCAGGCUGCUCAUGGAAGGAUCUCCCUGGGAAACACGAGCUUGGACGAUGCAGGAGCAUUUGCUUUCCAGAAGAACAUUGUUUUUUGGCAAGCAACAGGUCUUUUUCAUUUGCGGCGAGAUGACGACGAAAGAAACGACCCCACGACACAGUUUGCAGCAAUCAUACCAGACCUGUGCCAGUCUUUACUCUCAUCGCAACCUCACUUUCCCUAGCGACCGCUUCCGGGCGUUUGAGGGCUUACAAGCUCGAUUGUCCAAACUAUACCAAGUCGAGUUUAUCCAUGCUAUGCCG